AUGGCUGGCGGCGACCUGCAGGUGCUGAGCGCGCUCGACGCCGCCAAGACGCAAUGGUACCACUUCACGGCCAUCGUGGUCGCGGGGAUGGGCUUCUUCACCGACGCCUACGACCUCUUCUGCAUCUCCCUCGUCACCAAGCUCCUCGGCCGCAUCUACUACCGCGUCGACGGCUCCCCGGCCCCCGGCACCCUCCCGCCGCACGUCUCCGCCGCCGUCAACGGCGUCGCAUUCGUCGGCACCCUCUCAGGGCAGCUCUUCUUCGGCUGGCUGGGCGACAAGCUCGGCCGUAAGAAGGUCUAUGGCAUGACGCUCAUGCUCAUGGUCCUCUGCUCCGUCGCGUCGGGGCUCUCCUUCGGCCACACGCCGGCCUCCGUCAUGGCCACGCUCUGCUUCUUCCGCUUCUGGCUGGGGUUCGGCAUCGGCGGCGACUACCCGCUCUCCGCAACCAUCAUGUCCGAGUACGCCAACAAGAAGACGCGGGGGGCCUUCAUCGCCGCCGUCUUCGCCAUGCAGGGCUUCGGCAUCAUGGCCGGCGGCCUCGUGGCCAUCGUCGUGUCCGCCGCGUUCAAGGUCCGCUUCCCGGCGCCGGCGUACGCCGCCGACCCCGCCGCCUCGACGCCGCCGCAGGCCGACUACGUGUGGCGGAUCAUCCUGAUGCUGGGCGCGAUGCCGGCGGCGCUCACCUACUACUGGCGCACCAAGAUGCCCGAGACGGCGCGGUACACGGCGCUGGUGGCCAGGAACGCCAAGCAGGCGGCCGCCGACAUGUCCAAGGUGCUGCAGGUGGAGAUCAUGUCUGCCUCUGGCGCUGCCGCUGCAGAUGAGGAUCAGCAGGCCGCCGGCAAUGCAAAUGACGACGACCACAAACAGAAGCAGAAGGAGAAGCAGUUCGGGUUGUUCUCGGGUGAGUUCGUGCGGCGUCACGGUCUCCACCUCCUGGGCACGUCGGCGACGUGGUUCCUGCUGGACAUCGCCUUCUACUCGCAGAACCUGUUCCAGAAGGACAUCUUCGCGGCGGUGGGGUGGAUCCCCAGGGCGGCGACCAUGAGCGCGCUGGAGGAGCUCUUCCGCAUCGCCCGGGCGCAGUCGCUGAUCGCGCUGUGCGGCACGGUGCCGGGCUACUGGUUCACGGUGGCGCUGAUCGACGUGGUGGGGCGCUUCAAGAUCCAGAUGAUGGGCUUCUUCUUCAUGACGGUGUUCAUGCUGGGGAUGGCCUUCCCGUACCAGCACUGGACGAGCAACCACGUCGCCGGCUUCGUCGUCAUGUACGGCUUCACCUUCUUCUUCGCCAACUUCGGGCCCAACGCCACCACCUUCAUCGUGCCCGCGGAGAUCUUCCCGGCGAGGCUGCGGUCGACGUGCCACGGCGUCUCGGCGGCGUCGGGGAAGCUGGGCGCCAUCGUGGGCUCCUUCGGGUUCCUGUACCUGGCGCAGAGCAAGGACCCGGCCAAGACGGAGCACGGGUACCCGGCGGGCAUCGGCGUGCGCAACGCGCUGUUCCUCCUCGCCGGCUGCAACGCCCUGGGCCUGCUCUUCACGUUGCUGGUGCCCGAGUCCAAGGGCAAGUCGCUGGAGGAGAUGUCCGGCGACAACGACCGCGACAACCGCACCGUCCCCGUGUAGCCGGUUAUUAAUGGUGACGUGGCUUGCAUGGCAGGGACGAGCCCCUUCGAUCAGGCCGAGGUUGUUGAAGUCGUCGUUUGUCAUUGUUCUCGUUUUCAGUUGAUCCAUCGAUAUGAUCCACGUAGCUUUCCGCUUAAAAGCACGUGCUCCUAAAUAAUCAGAGGCGCCAGCAAUGUGGUGAUGUGAUGUAAGGGCAUGUUCAACAGUUUAGACGGCUGCCGUCUACAGGUCACAUGCUUUGUUAACCAAGAAUGCUAAAUUAAGUCUGGUGAGUGUAAGGUAUUGUAGUGCUCCUACAGCACUUCUAUA